AAAGUUUACGGGUAGAGUCUGCAUUUUUGAUUGAUUAUUGAUCUUAAUAACUAAAAUGGUUGUUUAUUUUUCAGUGGUCAAUGUAUUACCUACAACAUCGCAGGUCUCACUUACUGUUUGAAGAGAGCUUAAAUUCGUUAACUACCAAGUGGCUAGCUGCUUGUUAGCAUAUUCGAGAAUUUCAUCUUGUUCUAAAAAUGGAAAGUCUUGCUUCAAAGGACGCAUAUUUUCAGAAAUUUGCAAGUAAAGUAUGCUCUCAUCAACAAGAACCAAGGAAUAGGCCAUUUGUUCCUUUUCAAGGUGGACGUGUACCUGGUCCUCCAAAGAAGAGGAACAAAAAAAGUCAAGUCAAUGUCAAGAAUAACUCUGCAAAACACCCGACACCACCUUUGAAGCCUGAUUUCACCCCAGGGCUGAAAGCACCUGUUGCAACACAAAAUAAUAAGUCUAAAGCUGCUAUUCCAAAUGGGAUAGUGGCUGGAACAAAACCGACCCUUAAAGAAGGUGGAAAGCAAGGCACAAAAUUCUCUGCGGUAGAUAUUCUACGUGAUAGACUUCAUGAGAAGAUUGAGCAGUCUCGUGGGCAGGGAACUCCUAAGGACCCAUCCUCUGAGGAGGUGCAGAAGAAGCGAGAGAAACGAAAGCAGGAGAGAGAGCGCAAGAAGAGGAAGCGCAAAGAGUUCCGCCUAAAGAAGCUUGCUGAACAAGCCGGCCUGGAGUACCAAACAGAGAUCAAAACUGAAGAACCCCCCCCUCCCCCAUCUGCGCCAGCCACUGGCAAGCGGGACGAGAACGCCAUUGUCUUCAACAAGGUGGAGUUGGGUGAUGGUGGCUUCUUGGACAAAGAGCAGAAGAAGAAGGAGAGAAAGAACAGAAUAAAAGGUGGACUUACGCCCCUGGUGGGGAAAAACUACAAGCAGCUUCUGGAACGUGUGGAGGCCCGCAAGGCCAAGCUGGAGGAGCUGCGGGGAAAGGAUGAGGAGAAGGCAAAGAAGCAGGAGGAGAAGAUGAAGUGGACCAAUGUGCUGUACAAGGCUGAAGGCCUUAAAAUCAAGGACAACGAAGACCUGCUGAGGGCCUCUCUCAAGAGGAAGGAGAAGAUGCACUUGCAGCGGAAGAGGAAGUGGACGGAACGCAGUCAGACGGUGGUAGAGAAAAUGCAGAAGCGUCAGGACAAGAGGCGCAGGAACAUCCAGAAGAGCAAAAAGACGAAAGUGGAAAACAAAAAGAGCCGGGCCAGGAAGAGGGGCCGCGUGCUCCCCGAGGACCUGAAGAAGGCUCAGGUGUAGUGGGAGGGUCAUACUGGGGCAUGUGGAAAACAGACUUGGUAAAUGGUGAACAUGACAAUAUUAACAUGUUGUCUUGUUCAUACAGCUAUCCAGCAGUAAUGUGGCUUUGUUGAUUUGCCCAGGGUCCAAGAUUCGUAUGCUUAGACUUCCCUUGUAAACCUACCUGACCGGGCAAAAACACCCUAAAUACCCUCAAGGUUUUAAAACACAACUGAAUGCUUGAUGUUUUGCAUUUAAUUAUUUAGGUUGCUAUACGACAAACAGUUGUAUGGUGUUGGAAAAACCUUCAACAUCCGUUUCCAAAUGAUUAUGCUUUCUGUAUGGAAUGUCAUGGUUUUGCUUUACUAUUGAAAUUAUAUAUGCCCAUCUUGA